AUGGGCCCUAUCUGCAUCGACAGCUGCAACUGCCUCGCCUUCGUUGGGGAUUACUGUCCGCCAGGCGAGCACGUCUGCGCGUGGGUUGACGCUCAGAACCGGCUCCCGUCGAUGACUGCGGCAGAGGCGAUCCUCACAGCCGGCCUUGAACACCCCAACUCAGCCUUCCUCGGGCUCAUCUCCAAAUUUGCAUUCGACGACCCGGCCUAUCGAAAGGCGGGGGUUUCAUCGAUGCUCCUGCGUCAUAUCCUGUGUGGGAGACGCGCUACAAGGACCGAGACGCGUCCGCACUGGGAUUGUGCAGUACUCGGUAUCAGCAACGUUCUCCAUUCAAUCUUGUGCCAGUGCCAGGCGCCGAAAACCUGUCUGGAAGAUAAGACGAUCCUGCAAGAACUCCGAGCGUCGUACAGUGCGAUCCUUGAUGUUAUCUGGAGGGAUUUGCGGUUCUUGAAGCCAGAGGGAAAUCUUGGAGAUGCGAGGAGGAUAUUGGUGUCGUCGCUACUCAGGAAUUAUCUCUUGGAUCCCGGGAUGGCAAGGCAAAUGGCCUCUGACCCCACCACUGCAAAACUUGUGUUCCACUGUUGGAUGCUCACGAACCCUCCCGACGUCUUCCGACCCGGUCAGUCGACCGCGGACACCGUCAGGUCCUAUCUCAUCUGUAAAGAUGAAACUGGGAUGUGCAUGGCGCGGGUUGCACAAACGACGGCCUCCAAGGUUCUCAAGGUCCCGACACUGAUGUCGUAUAUCAACUAUCGGCUGAAGAACAAGAAGCUCGUCGGGCAGUCGCUCGUGCGCGAGCUGGAUCUGCUGUAUUGUAUCGUAUGGGAGCCGUCCGCCCGUUCGUUUAUCGAGGAAGGAGUCUUCAAGCAAGUGGCGAUUGCGAUGAGAAGGCAGCUCGAGAUGAAGGACGAGCAUAUCGAGCCCGUGUUGUUUUACGGAUUUGGGAUAUUCAUGCGCAUCAUGCUGCACAUCGACCGCGACCCCACCCAAUCCAUAGGAUAUAUCACCACCCUCAUCGAGACGACCUGCUUGAUGGAAGUCGCCUCCGCCGGGAUCCGACUCAACGCAGUGCAUCAGCGCUGCACGCCCAACCCGACCUUUGCUGGAGACUGGGGGAAACUCUUCUCGCGUCUUCAGCACGCCAUCACGUGCGACCGGGUUGGGGAGUGCAACUUCAUCGCGACGUCCGAGCUCGUGAGCGCGCUGAGAGCGUCGUUGGCUCGCGUGGCGGUGCCGACGUGGGUCGCACUCGAGGAGCUGGAGAGUUGGGGUUCUAGCCCAGAAUGUGGGGCCGUGGCCGCACUCGAGUGCAAGGAAAAGGAAGAGGAGAAAGACAAGGGGUUGGCUUUUUGGUGCGAGUUCCUGGGGCAGCUGAAGAUCACGGAGGACGAUGUAAGAGAACAAUACCGCCUUGACAAGAAGUGCGGGAAUAUCAUCUGCCCGGCGCGGCUUUCGUGGGUUAAGAGUCCGAAGAAGGCAACAUGUGUGGGGUGUCGAUCUGUGUUCUAUUGCGAUCGUGCGUGUCAGAAGAGGGACUGGGUGCAUCACAAGACGGUCUGUAAAAAAUUGGCCGGGAAACGCCUUCUGGUUGGCUCUUCCCCUGUUUCUCUAGAUGAAACUUCUUGA